AUGUCCACCACAGUUUCUGAUUUGCGCAACAAUACACACGCACAGUGGUGGAAGGACCCAGGACUCCGCAAAUUGAAUCUCCUCCUCUUGGGUGCCAUGCUUGGAGGUGUGGGAUUUGGUUAUGAUGCCUCUUUGGUGAACGGACUCCUCGCGAACGACCGGUGGUUCACGGACUUGAACAUUGUGGGCUCCCAAAUGGAGGGUCUGGUGAUUGCAGCGCAAUCAUUUGGUGCAAUUACUGCUCUCUUUCCAGCGGCCUAUGUCUCUGAUCUCAUCGGCCGGCGACCAGCCAUCCUCAUUGCCAAUGCAGCCAUGAUCGGCACCAGCAUUGGGCAGUCUUUCAGUCGGAGUGCUGUUACAUUCCUGGUCACCCGCGCGAUUCUCGGCUUUUUCAAUGUCUGUGUCAUUGUGUCGACCAAUGCCCUCGUCGCUGAACUUAGUCACCCACGCCAAAGACCGCAGGUCACCGCAUUGUCCAACACCUUUUUCUAUGUUGGUGGAAUUAUUGCUGCUUGGGCAAGCUACGGUGCUCUUUCGAUUCAAAGCUCCUGGACUUGGCGCCUCUCCGUAAUACUGCAAUGUUGUUGGCCGGUUGCGCAGUCUACAGCCAUGGUAUUUGUGCCUGAAUCGCCACGUUGGCUGGUGCUGAAGGGCCGCGGAGACGAAGCCAAGCAGGUUCUUGCGCAAUAUCAUGCAAAUGGAGCAGUUGAUGAUGACCUAAUCAAUUUUGAACAUCGUGAAAUAUUGGCUGCAGUGGAAGCAGAAGAACGUGAGGCAGCCUAUAGCUGGCUGGCGCUCUUUUCCAACCAAGGAAAUCUUAGACGAUCUUUUUUGACUCUAUUCUUGGGACUCACUUCUCAAUGGGUGGGUAACGGCAUCAUUAGCUAUUAUCUUGCUCCGGUCCUCAAGACUGUCGGCAUUGGAAGUUCUAGUCAGCAACUAGCCAUCAACGGAGGCUUGCAAGUCUUUAAUUUGUUCAUGUCUGUUCCAGCAGCUCUUAUGGCGGAGCGUCUGGGGCGAAAAAGGCUACUUCUUGCUUCAGCUGGAGGUAUGGCGAUUUUCAUGGCUUUGCUGACAGCCUGUUCUGCAACGUACGCGAGGACAGGCGAUCAUAACUCUGGCACAGCAGUCAUAGCCUUCAUAUUCUGCUUCUUUGGAUCUUACGACAUUGGAUUCACUCCAAUUCCGCUUCUAUACGUUUCUGAAAUUGCAUCCACUCACCUGCGUACCAAAUAUGUCAGUUUGUAUUGGAUGAGCACCGCGGUGGCACUUUGUUUCAACCAAUACGUUAAUCCUAUCGCCUUCGACGCAAUUACCUGGCGUUACUACAUUGUCUAUAUUGCGGUACUUUGUCCCGUCAUGGUGGUACUUUAUUUCUUUGCUCCGGAAACCAAAGGACGAACUCUGGAGGAAGUGGCAGCUAUUUUCGAGCCCGAAAUCGCUGAGAAUCUUGCUCGUGCAGAUGACGAUGAGCAUAAGAGUGCAACAACGGUUGAGCAGCGCGAGUGGGCGUAG